AGUAGAUCCAGUGUUAUGACUGCUCACUUCAUUACAGGGAAAUUAGAGUAUCAAGCACAGUCCCCUGACGAAGGUGCCUUAGUGUCUGCUGCAAGAAAUUUUGGCUUUGUUUUCAAGUCUCGCACACCAAAUAGUAUUACUAUUAUCGCUAAGGACAUACCAGAAACUUAUGAAUUGUUAUGCAUUCUGGACUUCAACAAUGUUCGGAAGCGCAUGUCUGUAAUAUUAAAAAAAGAUGGGAAGAUACGUUUAUAUUGCAAAGGUGCUGAUUCUAUUAUCUAUGAAAGAUUAAAAGAUGGACAAGAUAGCUUCAAACGUCUUACUCAGGAACACUUGGAUGUAAGUUAUAUGUAUACUUAUACAAUAGUGUACUUGUAUUCAAAUUCAAAAAAAAAAAAAAAAAAAUACCAAGAGUUGAUAAUUAAUACACUGUUUAAGCAUCUAUUGCACAGUAUUUUAAGCACUUCUGAAAUUAAUAUUUAACAAAUUAAUGUUUUA